UUUUUUUUUUUUAAGGGAAAGAAACAAGAAUAGCAAAUGAAACAGAAAAAAAAGGAGGCUUUCAUUCGAUUGUCAACUUUCUAAUUGUUUGGUUGAUUCGUUGUUGCGUGAAUUAAAAAGAAAAAAAAAAUCCGAACAUAAUAAUUAUCUUCACAUUAGAGCUACUACACAAUAUUGUAAAGUUAAAUAAAAUAAUAAGUUUACGAAAUAAAUAUAUUGAAAGAGAAUAAAAAGUUAAAAUAAAUGUAUAAUAAUUCAAAUAAAAUAUAUAAAAAUAAAUAAACUAAUACAUUACAAUUUUAAUAAAAGAAAAAAAAAAGGAAGAAAAUUUACCGAGGAAAUAUUGUCCUUUUUGCAUAAAAAUAAAACGAAAAAAAAAGAACAAUAAAAAAAAAAUAAAAAAAAGUGAUUUUAUUUGCAUUCUGUUUUGAUUAUAAUUAUUUUAACAAAAAAAAAAAAAAUAUUUUCUUUAAUACUAUUUAAAUGUUGUUGGUAUCCUAAAACGUUCUCCUAUCUAAUUUUUUUUUUGGCUCUCCUUCUUCUUUUUUUUUUUGUAAUUGUAUUGUAAAAAAAACAAGAAAAAAAUAAUUAAGAAGUAAAUAUUUAAAUAUUAUAAUUAUAAUUAUAUUUUAAUUAUAUAUAAAAUUUAACAUCAAGUAUUUAUUUUUAAAAAUACAACAAAAAAAAUAAUACAAAAAAAAAUUUAAUUAUCAAAAAAAAAGAGUCGGUGAAAAAUUUUCAUUUUAUACUUUAUGUUUUUUUUGUUCUAUCUCUCUAUCUCUCCUAUUUCGGAAUAUAAAUAAUUUAAAUGUCAAUCAAUAUUUUAUAACAAUAUACAUAUAUAAAUAAUAAUAUUACAAAAUAUUAAAGUAAUAUUAUAAAUAAUAAAGUGGUACAAAAAAUAAUUAUAAAAAAAAAAAAUAUAAUAAAAAAUUAAAAAUUUAGGAGAUAUUAAAAAAAUAAACAAAAAAAAAAAAACAAAUAAUAAUAAAAGAAUGUACACUUAAAAGCUAUAAUAUUUAGCGAAGGAGAAUACAAAAAAAAAAAAUGCUCAACGGUACAUAUUUAUCGCCGCAUAUUCAUUUGCCACCACCACCUUCGACGACUUUUAAUUCAACUGGGGUGCCAACAACACCAUUAGCAACGCAACAACCGCGUUCGCAAUUGCCACCAUCAUCACAAAAAAAUAUGAACGGUUAUAAUCAUAGUCGUAAAGUGACAACAAAAAGACGCUACGAGGGAUCAAAAUUUUUGGGUACUGAUGCUAAAAAAUCAAAUUUAAUUGUUAAUACACUGGAAAUACAAAUAAUGAAUAACAAUAAUAAAAUUAGUAGUAACAGUAACAAUAACAAUAACAAUAAAAAUAACAAUAAUAAUAAUCUAAUGUCCGAUAAUAAAAAUAAUGGUUUUUCUUCUCAUCCUUAUUGCUCCUCAACAAAUGCAUUGAAAUUAUCUUCAACAACAAUAUCAUCAUCAACAUCGUCAUCAACAUUAUCAUCAUCACCAUUACAAUCAUCAACAUCAUUAUCAUCAUUAUUAUUGCCAACAAUAAAAUCAUCGGCAACUGUAUCUACUGCUUCUGUAUCAAAUAAUACAAAUGAUAUUAUUAAAUUACCAUCUGCAAUUGUAACAACAAAUAAUUUACAUAAUACAACGCAAUCAACAAAUAAUAAUAAUAAUUUAUUAACAUCAACAAUUAAUAAUAAUAAUAACAAUAAUAAUAAUAACAAUAAUAAUAAUAACAAUAAUAAUAAUACAACACAUACUUUACAAUCAAUGGUAUCAACAAUAUCAACAUCAUUUACAAAAUCUCGUAAUGGUGGAAAUGAUCGUAAUAAAUAUCAACGUGAUUAUCGGCAUCAUUCACCAUCUUCAAUAUAUUCUCGUCGUUAUAAUAAUCAUCGACAUCAUCAUCAUCAUCAUGUAUCGUCAACAUCGUCAUCAUCGUCGUUCGUUGUUAAUUCAUCGUCAACAUCGUUUACAAAAUCGACACGUAAACGACGUCGUUCAAUAUCCGGUAAAUCAUCAUCAGCAACACCAAAGAAAAAAUCCCGAGCUGGUAAAGAGCGUAUACCACAACCUAAAAAUACUGUUGCUAUGUUAAAUGAAUUACGUCAUGGACUUGUUUAUAAAUUAGAAUCACAAACUGGUCCAGUUCAUGCACCAUUAUUUACAAUAUCUGUUGAGGUAAGUUGAACUUAUCACAAAAUUCCGUAAGUUGAAUUAAUAUUUGUGUAGCUUUAAUUGAUAAAAUUUAAUUGUACACAUAUUUUCGACCCUCUCGGUUGAAAAGAACAGUAUUUUGAAAAGCUAAACAAGAUCUGC